AUGGAUGGCUAUGAUCCUCUCGCGAUGCCCUACUUGCACAGUCCAAUGCCCUUUGGGGGCGGCAAUCUGCAAAAUCUCGACUACAUGAGUGUUCCAUCCGUGAUGGAUUUGCAAGAAUCAUACUCCAACUUCGACUCGGAGCCGUAUAUGAGCGGCGACGACCUCAGCUUUGCACCUUCAAGUAACCUGCAGCACUCUGCGAUGCUGAAGCGUUACUCGUCCAACCUCGAAGACCCUUUUGCCGAAAGCACAAUGUCUCAGUUCGAGCGGGUGCCCACUGAAGGACUGCCCGAGAGCCCCUCCAUUGAUCGUGACAGCAAAUACCUCAGCUUCUCAAUGCCACAGUACAACUUCACCCUCCUGGACGACUCAUUUCGUCGGUCAUCGGUCAACAUCAGUGCCCAACUGCACGGCAUGUUCUUCUUGGCCGAGUCUCAAUGGCCGGCCACCGCCGACACUCCUCCACCUCCUCCAGAAUUGACGUGUUACCGACGCAAUUUGUUCCAAAUCACCGGCUCCGUGACGCUUCCCCGGAACCUCAGAUAUGUUUUCACCGAUGACGGAUCGAGAAUUCCCAUCUACGAGUUGGAGCUAGCAGUGUCAGCGACUGAGUCUGUCGAAGGGAACUCGGUCAAGAUCAUUUCAGUGCCGUGGAAGACCCCGGCUUCGGGAGAAGCGCCUAAGCCAGAGGACAAGGUGGAACGAGAGCCUCCCACGAUUCCAUUAGACAAGAUGACUGGCCAAGACCUGGAUACAGACUUUGCAACCUUCCCCAUUCAGUGGAAGAGGCUUCAAUUCCGGAUAGCGACCGCUAACAAUGGUCGACGGAAGGAGCUACAACAACACUUCACGCUCCACUUGAAGAUUAUGGCCUCAUUAUCGACAGGCGGCAAGAUUUCCAUUGCCGAAGCUCAUUCAGGAGCAGUUAUUGUCCGAGGCCGGAGCCCUCGCAACUUUGCAGCACGGAAAGACCUACCCCUAAGCAACAGCUCCACAGCUCGUAAACACCUGCCGCCAGCAUCGCGAGCUACGAACAGUCAAACUUCGGUCCCUCAGGUCACUUCAGCCCCCAAAAUCAAGACACCCGCUGAGGAGACAAGGCAAAUGGUGGUCGGUUAUGACAAUAUCGACAUCAAGCCCGCGGAGAUCGACGGCUCCAGCUGGGUGUCACAGGGUAUUCAAGAGUCUCUUGCCGCUCCCUACUCGACUGCCUUGAAUCCUCCAGUCCCAGCGUUUCCAGACGGCACCGCCGAUCUAGGAACACCGGGCACAUUCCCGUUUACGUUCCCUCAAGAGAUGGCGCCGGGGAGUCGGCCGAUGAGCUUGCAUUUUGGCAGUGAUGAUGAGGGGGGCAGCCCUCAUCCGCCGCAACAAGGAUCAAGACAUUCAUCCCGGCCUCCAACCUCGAAUCCUUCCCCUUCACUUGUCAACAAAGGCCCGUCCGGCACGUAUACGAGCAAUGCCGGUGCUUCGCCAGGGCAGGUUCCCAAUCAAUUGGGCCCCCGACCUCGACUGCAUUCUCACCAAGUAUCAAUGACAAGCGUUCCGAGCUCCCUGGCCACGAUAAACGGGCAAGGGCCAGUGCCGGCAGCGGCCCAUAGACCAGAACUUCUCCCAACAAAAUCAGGACUGCCAUUCAAUGCCGAGGGCGAGAGUGCGGAUCAACUCUACGAGUACUUCCCAUUAGGUCUGGACGACUGGAUGCCGCCUGUGGAUGCAGUCUUCCGGCCCCAUGUAGUGCACCACAGCGGUCCCUUGCCGCCCGAUCCACGGUCCCCUGGGAGACACACGAGCAAACGCUACUUCUCGGAGGUGGUGUAG